UCUUCUUCUCCUCUUCUGCUCUUCUUCUUCUCCGGCUUCAGCCUUAGCAACCUGCUAGCGGAGCGUACUAGCCAGCGGGGACGGGGCGCCCCAGAUAGCCGCCUGCUGAGCAGCCGUAACACCGCUCAUGACGACGCACUUCUGUCUGUCCGCCAUCGCUUCUCGUCCGAGACGCGUCCGUCGUGGUGAGGCGAGGCGGCUCGGGGCCGCGCAGUGGCUGGACCGACUGGCCGCCGGACAGCGUUAAGCGGACGGGACCGAGAGGGAGGGGGGCUCUCCUCUCCUCGGGGAGGCUGGCUAGCUAGCCUUGCUAACGUUAGCCGACGUUCGCAGUUAGCUGUUGGAAGUUCACAACUCGCCGCCUCCGGCCGCCCAAAUAGCAGCGAAGAGUCGGGCUUGUGUCCGACAUUAAUGGACGCUGUAUGAGCCGCGUCUAUAAAGUUGGUCUGGGUUCCUGACACUAUCAAGACAGUCUGGAACUAAGAAAUCCUACCAAACCUCACCACCAUGUUGGAGGAGGACAUGGAAGUCGCCAUCAAGGUGGUGGUGGUGGGCAAUGGAGCUGUUGGCAAGUCUAGUAUGAUCCAGCGUUAUUGCAAGGGCAUCUUUACAAAGGACUACAAAAAGACCAUCGGCGUCGACUUUCUGGAAAGACAGAUACAAGCCAGUGAUGAAGAGGUUAGAUUGAUGCUUUGGGACACUGCUGGACAAGAGGAGUUUGAUGCCAUCACAAAGGCCUACUACCGUGGUGCUCAGGCAUGUGUGCUCGUCUUUUCUACCACAGACCGGGAGUCUUUUGAGGCUAUAAGCAACUGGUGGGAGAAGGUGGAAACGGAGGUUGGAGAUAUUCCCACCGUUCUAGUACAGAACAAAAUCGACCUCCUUGAUGAAACGGUUAUAAAAAAUGAGGAGGCGGAGGCUCUGGCCAAGAAACUAAAGUUGAGAUUUUAUCGGGCUUCGGUGAAAGAGGACCUCAAUGUCAAUGAGGUUUUCAAGUACCUGGCUGAUAAAUACCUUCAACGACUCAAACAGCAAACAGCGGAAGAGCCUGAAGUGGUCCACACAACAAGCAAUAAAAUAGGUGUUUUCAACACGACCAGCAGUAAUGUCUCCAACCAGAGCUCCAGCAACGGCCGGGAGGUCAUUAGUUUGCGGCCUAACAAGCAAAGGACCAAGAAGAGUAAAAAUCCCUUCGGAAGCUGCAGUUUAGUGUAGACUGAAUCCUGAAGAUUCAGAGACUGCCUCGGGUAAUGUUAUUAAAAGCCUAAAUGUCUGCCUUGGAGGAAGUUGCAUCAAAAGACCAAAGCUUACGGGAAUUGGGAAAAACUUUUCUUCUGAUAGUGUGGUAAGCUGUGUAUUUGUGAGCCACUGGAUCCUUUAUUGUGGAUGCCAUGAGUAAUACAAUUCAACAAGUGCAGCAAGGUUGUGACAUGAAUCAAAGGAGAACAUCCACUGUAAAACAGAAACCAGUUACUGCUGUAGGUUAACAGCUUCUCAACACUUGCUGAUGUGAAGCUCUGUCCCAACACCUACCUGCCAGAGAGCCACGGCUAGCUGAUGGUGUAUUCAACACACGGAGCAGCUUCAUCGACAUUGAUGUGGACUCAUUGAAUGUUCAAUUUUGUUAAUAAUUCCUUGCAUCCGGGUGGUGUGGCAGUCUAUUCCGUUGCCUACCAACACGGGGAUCGCUGGUUCGAAUCCCCGUGUUACCUCCGGCUUGGUUGGGCAUCCCUGCAGACACAGUUGGCCGUGUGUGUGGGUGGGAAGCCGAAUGGGGGUAUGUGUCCUGGUCGCUGCACAAGCGCCUCCUCUGGUUUGUUGGGGCGCCUGUUUGGGGGGGGGGGGGGGUGGCGUGAUCCUCCCACGUGCUGCAUCCCCCUGGCAGGGGCUCCUCACUGUCAGCUGAGAGGAAGCGGCUGGCGGCUCCACAUGUAUCUGAGGAGACUUGGUGGUCUGCGGCCCUCCCCGGAUCGGCAGAGGGGGUGGAGCAGCGGCCGGGAUGGCUCGGAGGAGUGGGGUAAUUGGCCAGAUACAAUUGGAGAGAAAAGGGGGGGGGGGUUCCUUCAAAAUGGUUCAGUUUUUACACAGUAUUAGUCUCCCAUUUAAUGUCGGAGAUGUUGUAUGAUUUAUCUUUCAACCGAGUCUCUCGGUGUCUUGUGAGCCUCAGAGGAGACGUGCUGAUGGUCAGAUUGGUACGUAGCUGCCCAGCAUCCAUGGAGUAAUGGUCCUGUUUUAUGGUGGAUGUUCUCCUUAGUGGCUGAAGUAUUCAUUUCGCGAAAUGCAGUUUGGACCGGCCUGCAGUGUUUACAAGAGAGGGAUGUACACUCUUGCUCCAUAAAACCUUUUGUUCACCUUCAUGAUUCUCCAGCCGCCCACGCCUGCGCUCGCCUGCUCAGCCGUGCAGUAUGUUUGUAUUGUAGAAGAUACGCAGGUUAUUUGGUACCAUACUUUUCUAAACGUCAGCAGAAUAUGGUUCAAUAUAUACUGUUGUCAUGCACAAAACACUAUGAGAUAAUCGUUGGUUCUUCAUGCAAAAGUAUUUUUAUAAGAGUUGUGACAGUGUUUUGCAGUGUUACUAAAGUUUUGCUUAACACAUUUAAAUCAAUUUAGUGCCAAAUUGCAUCUCAUUGUGUGAUAGCUGCAAGAUGUCGUGGGUGUAAGAUGUCCUGGGUGUAAGAUGUCAUGGGUGUAAGAUGUCGUGGGUGUAAGAUGUCCUGGGUGUAAGAUGUCCUGGGUGUAAGAUGUCAUGGGUGUAAGAUGUCACAGGUGUAAGAUGUCGUGGGUGCAAGAUGUAGUGGGUGCAAGAUGUCGUGGGUGUAAGAUGUAGUGGGUGUAAGAUGUCACGGGUGUAAGAUGUCGUGGGUGCAAGAUGUAGUGGGUGCAAGAUGUCAUGGGUGCAAGAUGUAGUGGGUGUAAGAUAUCGUGGGUGCAAGAUGUAGUGGGUGCAAGAUGUAGUGGGUGUAAGAUAUCGUGGGUGCAAGAUGUAGUGGGUGCAAGAUGUCACGGGUGCAAGAUGUCGUGGGUGUAAGAUGUCGUGGGUGUAAGAUGUCAUGGGUGCAGUGGUUGGAUGUAACAUGAAAUCAAUAGAAGAAGCAGAUCUCAACAAGCAUUUUCACAAAACAUGUCUGCCCACACUCCAUACUGGUUAACCCCAUGAUUUAGUUUUUGUGUGAUUUAUAUCUGCAGUGUGUGUUUGAUAUUUCAGUCUGGAUUUAUGUAAACUGUAGUACCUCACAUCACAGUCGACCGUAGUGGUGUAUUUUUGCGGGUUACAGUUCACAUACUGCUGUGUGUCCUUCCUCUGCCCAGACGUUGGCCUGACACACGUAGUCCAAGUGUAAAUGGAUGAAAUCUUUUUAGUCUCAGUACACCAGUGACCUAUCAAAUACUAAACAUGGUUACACUUUUUUUUUUCAGUAAUUUGUGAAAUGGUGUCAAUUAUUUCUGAUGCCGAAUGUCCUCCUGCUCUGUUGGACCAAACAACAUGAAGGUGGGGCCCGGUGAAAAGAUUGUACCAUGACUGAAAAGACGUGGGAUUCAUGUGCCCUUCUUCCAUCCAUUAUCCGGACCACUUAUCCUGCUCUCAGGGUCGCGGGGAUGCUGGAGCCUAUCCCAGCAGUCAUUGGGCGGCAGGCGGGGAGACACCCUGGACAGGCCGCCAUGUGUCCUCAUAGUUUUGAUAUCCAUCACAGCACUAAACCUUUACUUACUUACAAAACAUGCACCACCACUAGCUAACCUGUACGCUUCUCCCAAAUGGCAUGAAGUGUUUAUGUUUGUCCAGGAGAUGGGCGGCACAGUGGCGCAGUGGUUAGCACGGUCGCCUCACAGCAAGAAGGUCCUGAGUUCGAGCCCCGGGGUAGUCCAACCUUGGGGGUCAUGCCGGGUCGUCCUCUGUGUGGAGUUUGCAUGUUCUCCCCAUGUCUGCGUGGGUUUCCUCCGGGGGCUCCGGUUUCCUCCCACAGUCCAAAGACAUGUAGGUCAGGUGACUCGGCCAUACUGAAUUGCCCCUUUGUGUGUGUGUGUGUGUGUGUGUGUGUGUGUGUGUGUGUGUGUGUGUGUGUGU